AUGGGUCUCCUUGCUCCCAAAGAUCUCUCCUCCAACCCUGCGCCUCCGCAGGUCUACAAUUGGAGGGUCUAUGCGUUGGCAAUCUCCGCCUCGAUGGGUUCGUCCAUGUUUGGAUACGAUUCCUCAUUCAUCGGGGGUUCAUUGUCCCUCCCAUCCUUUCGAGAGAGGUUUGGGCUCGAUGAUGCCAGCGCAGCGCAAAGAUCUGCCCUGUCCGCCAAUAUUGUCAGUACCUUCCAAGCUGGCUGCUUUUUCGGGGCCAUCUUGUGCUACAUGAUCAUCGAACGCCUCGGCCUGAAGAAGACCCUGAUGCUCUGCGGCGCCACCUUCAACGUUGGCACUAUUAUGCAAGUUGCGAGUACUGGUCAACUUGGCUUGAUCUAUGCGGGCCGCGUAUUAACGGGUCUUGCUGUGGGAUCAUCGUCCUUGAUUGUUCCCGUCUAUAUUUCUGAGUGUUCUCCGCCCGCCAUUCGAGGUCGUUUGAUCGGCAUUUUUGAAAUUGUCUUGCAAUUGAGCCAGAUUGUGGGCUUCUGGGUCAAUUACGGCGUCAACAAGCACAUCUCCGGCUCGGAUGAUUCCCAGUGGCGUAUUCCCUUUGCGCUUCAGUUCGUCCCGGGCACGCUCCUUGUCGCUUUGAUGGCUCUGCAGCCCGAAUCCCCCCGAUUUCUCGCAAAGAAGGGAAACUUUCUCCAGGCGCAACGCGUUCUGUCCUCUCUCCGCCAACUUCCCGAGGAGCACGAAUACCUCGCCUGGGAACUCUACGCCAUUCGUUCGCAGAUCGAGGCUGAGAACGCCGAGAGCGCGACUAGCCUGCUGGGGAAGCUCAAGGAAAUCUACAACACCAAUGUUCGCACACGCCUUCUCAUCGCAAUGGCGCUGAUGCUGCUGCAAAACCUGAGCGGCAUCAAUGCGCUCAAUUACUAUUCACCCACCAUCUUCAGGUCAAUCGGCUUCACGGGAACUGACGUUGGUCUCCUGGCCACAGGAGUCUUCGGCAUUGUGAAGGCCACCAUGACGACGAUUUUCAUGCUUUUCCUCGUCGACCGCUUUGGAAGACGUCCUGCCAUGUUGGUUGGGUCUGCCGGUGCAAUCCUUGCCAUGUACUAUCUCGGAGGCUACACCAAACUGUCGAAUUCCUUCAACGAGACGCCUCCCAGAGAUGGCGGCGCAUACGUUGCCAUUGUCAUGAUCUACAUUUUCUCCAUCUUUUAUGCUAUCUCGUGGAAUGGCAUUCCUUGGAUCUUCUCGGCCGAAGUCUUCCCCCUCGAGGUGCGCCAGGUCUGCUUGGUGUUCACGACUUGUACUCAGUGGCUUGGUCAAUUCAUGAUUGCCUACUCCACGCCCUACAUGAUCACAGGCAUCCAGUAUGGCGUUUUCUUGUUCUUCGGAACUUCCGUGGUCAUCGGCGUCACCUUUGUUUUCUUCUUCUUGCCGGAGACAAAAGAGGUCGCUCUGGAAGAUAUGGAUGUCAUGUUCAACGUCAAGGGUUGGGCCUGGCAAAAGAGAAAGGAGACAGAACGCAUCCUGGCUGAGAAGCGGAUGCAGCUCCAGGAAAACAACGGGAUUUUCGUCGACAAGGUUGAUUAUAGCCAUCUCGAGGAAAGCGGCACGGAUGAGAAGGUGUAA